CCCCCGCUCCUUGAAGCUGGAAUUCGUGUCCUCAACUACGCUGGUGAUGCAGACUGGAUCUGUAACUGGUACGGCAACAAGGCAUGGUCGCUCAAGCUCGACUGGUCCGGCAAGGACGGUUUCAACGGGGCCGACGAUACUGAGUGGAAUGUCGACAGCGAGCAGGCUGGUGAGGCCCGCACCUUCGAGAACUUCACAUUCCUGCGUGUGUUCGGCGCUGGACACAUGGUUCCCUACGACCAGCCCAAGAACUCGCUGGACAUGAUCAACCGCUGGCUCGACGGAAAGCCGUUCUAGUCGAUCCGGGUUAUCUUUUCCCCGCACCCUUUUCAUAAGGUCUAUGCGAAUCAACUAUGCACAGCAGCUAUCAUGUGUCUGCGAGUUUAGGUGGCAACUGUGAGAAAAAUGUGAGGGACUGCUUUGCCUACUCUUUUCUUAUUGUUCUCAUAAGAAUCCAUUUUUGACAUGCUAUUUACUAGGUCACGCUUGGCACUUGGCACUGUGCUUCUCCUGGCUACUGCAGUCACUGCCACGCCAGCUCACCAGCAUGUUUUCAACCAGCACCAUCACGGCGCCGCAGCAUCUAAGGUAUCUGGCCGUGUGGCUAACCCAGCGAUGGUAGACAUGAGCCAGUGGACAACAGUGUCCACAAUGGAUGCGAUCCCCAACUAUCGACUGCGCGUGAAGAACCCGGGUCUGUGUGAUACCAGCGUCAACCAGUACAGCGGGUAUCUCGAUACCGCGGAGGACAAGCACUUUUUCUUCUGGUUCUUUGAAGCACGCAAGGUCAAGCACGAAGAUGCGCCGCUCAUUCUGUGGCUCAACGGCGGCCCUGGCUGCAGUUCGUUCACCGGUCUGCUGAUGGAGCUUGGCCCGUGCCGUGUCAGUGAGGGUGGCAACGGCACAGACCACAAUCCGUUUAGUUGGAAUGAUCGUGCGCACAUCAUCUUCCUUGACCAGCCCACCAAUGUUGGCUUCUCAUAUGGUUCAGACGUGUUCAGCUCUGUUGCGGCAGGAAGGGACAGCUUCCCGCAGUAUGCUAACAGCGAGCUCCAUGUUUUCGGGGAGUCAUACGGCGGCCACUAUGUCCCGGCUGUGGGCAAGGCAAUCCAUGAGGCGAACAGGGAAUUGGAGAGCAAGCGGUCGCUGAGCCUUCUUUCUGUGAGUGAAGAGGAACAGCGCAUUUUGCCACUCGCUUCUAUUGGUAUUGGAAACGGAAUUGUCAAUCCGCUUGUCCAGUUCAAGUAUUUCUCGACAAUGGCGUGCAACUCGACCUAUCCAGCCACACUUCCCCAAGAGACCUGUGAUAAGAUGGAUGCCGCCUAUCCGACAUGCGCCCGCCUUUUGCGCGAGUGCUACAGAUGGAAUGAUGACGACAUUGACACCUAUCUGAACAAUGCUGGCGUGCAGAAGGCACUUGGUGCUGAAGUCAAGAAGUUUGAGUCGUGCUCGGAGAAGGUUGGAACUGGGUUUUCGCAUGACGGUGAUCAUUCGAAGCCCUUCCACCAGUAUAUUCCGCCCCUUCUUGCUGACAAUCCCGCGUGGUCGAUGGAGCUCGAGUGGCCAGAAAAGGAAGCAUUCAAUGGUGCCAGUGAUGAGCUAUGGUUGGUGGACGGUGUGGGUGCUGGCGAGGUGCGCACCCAUGAAAAUUUCACUUUCCUGCGCGUGUUUGGUGCCGGACACAUGGAGUCUCUAGACAUGAUCAACCGCUGGCUCGACAGAAAGCCAUAUUGAGCACUGAAUGCCCAUAUUUAUACCAUUUUACUCCAAGCAA